AGUAAUUUGCAUUCAUACCAAGUCAAGACAACACGUUAAAUGCUGCCCAUAUAUAUCAAAAUUUUAAAGAAUGGGUGUGAAAGGGCUUCAGUACUUUGUGGACCACUGCUGUCCAGGAGUGUGUGUGACAGUGAACCUGAGAGAGAUGGCCACACAACACGUUGCCAGAAGCACAAACAAAGCUAACAGCACAGGUCCCACUUUGGUUGUGGAUGGUAUGGCUUGCCUGCGCCACUGGUACUCAUGCAAGGACUGGGUGUGUGGCGGGCAGUGGAGGGAGUACAUGGACAUGCUGAAGAGCUGGGUGGAGGCAUUUACGUCUGCAGGCAUCAGACUGGUCUUCUUCUUUGAUGGGGUGGUGGAAGAGAAGAAGAGACAAGAGUGGGUGAAGAGGAGACGCAGGGUGAAUGGGGAAAUAUCUAAAAUAUUUCGUCACAUCAAGGCACAUGGAGAGCAGCCUGGUAGAGAGUUCUUUUGUCUGCCUUCUGGUCUGGCAACAUUCACACCCUUUGCUCUCAGGCUAUUGGGUCAGGAGGUGUUUUGCACAAUGCAGGAGGCUGACUAUGAGAUUGCCAGCUAUGCUCGUCAGCACGGCAGUAUGGGCAUUCUGGGACAGGACUCAGACUUCAUCAUAUAUGACAGUGCCCCCUACUUGUCUGUAGCAAAGUUGCGAAUAAACAGCCUCACCACUGUCCUGUAUGACCGGCAGAGGUUCUGCCAAGCCACUGGAUUGACUGUUAUCCAGCUACCACUGCUGGCCUGUCUCCUAGGUAACGAUGUGGUGUCAGAGGAGAAGAUGCAACACAUCAGGAACAAUGCCAUGGCAACAUACAGGAAAAACAGUCCUGCUUCACACUCUGGGACUCCUCAGGGUCAGAUGGUCCUAGCUGUAUCCCAGUUUGUGAGUUCUUUGUGGUGCAGACAGGAGGAAGACACUGGGCAUAUACUUGAGUCUCUGAAUCUAUCAGCUCCUCACAGAGAGCUACUGAAGAGAGGGAUCUGCUCCUACUUACUUCCUGGACAGAAAGCUCUUCAGCAAGGUGACAUCUCUCCACCUCCCUCCGCCUCUGCUUUCGAGAAAUAUGUUAGUCCAGAAAUAUUAAAGGCAUGCAGAGAGAAGCAUGUGGCAGCUGAGGGUUUUAUGGUUUACAAUAUUGUGUGUGAGGGAAUCAUUGAAUGUAGCAACACUUUGGAGGAUGAAGAGGACGCUGAACUGCUGCCUCAGGCCCUCGUCUACAAACCCUGCAGACAGCACAUCUACGGACUGCUGCUCGGGCAUGACGGCAGCACUGUGGACUCUCCAGCAAUUAGGGAAUGGUUUGUUUACCCUGGAAACCCUCUGAAGGAACCUGACAUGGUCCACCCUGUCCCAGUCAGCUUCCCAUGUGAUCAUCCCAGUGUGGAUUUGUUGUGGUUUGGCACUGGUCCCGAUGUUUCUGCCCUUCGUCUGACAUCCUUCCUUACAGUUUUUGACUGCCUGGAGUUCUCUGAGUUGUAUGGCACUAUUGAAGUCUCGCUCCUGGCUGCUCUCUGCCUGGUCACUUAUAUUGUGCUGCAGGUGCAGACUUUAUCUCAAGAGGACGUGGAUGCUUACCUGAGUCACAGUGUCUGUCUGAGCAUAAAAUCCCCUCAGGAGCUUCAGCAGAUCAAGCUGCCUUUCCUCUCCAGUCGUGCGGUGCAGCUGGGAUCUCUCUAUGUCCGAGGGCUGAGUCACCUGCUGGGCGCAAACUGUGCCAGCGGCUGCCCGCUGCCCAGCGCCGCCCUGAUGCCUUGGCACAGCUUUGACGGACGGCUGUUCCACUCAAAGUACCUGCUGGCACAUAGUGGGACAGAGAAAACUGUGCUGCUGGACAGCAACCCGUUUCAUCUGUCCCUGUUUCUCCACCUGAGAGAGAAACUUGCAGAAAACUGCAGGAAGAGAGGCAGAGUCCUGCAGUCCAGACCCAGGUCCAGCACACCAGAGCAAAGUCAUAAAACCACACCGGGACCCAGAUACAGAGACAGGCACACAGGUUGGCCUUCAGGUGGUGGCAGGGGCUGGAGGGGGAGAGGAGAGGUGACAGGAGGUCCUCGACAUGGAGGGGGAUGGAGGGAGAGGGGGGAGGAAAGGAGCGACCAAAGUGAAUAUGAAAACAGAGAGAGACUGUGGGAAAGAGGAGGCCAACAUUUCUAUCCUCAUUCUUAUCCUGACUGCCACAGUGGAGGUCCUCGGAGCACGAGCAAUCCCCCAAAACAGUUCAGAGGCGGAUCGUAUCGAAGCAGAGGGAGAUACCAGCUGGCUCCCAGAUGGUCUCAGCCUCCUGGACCAGGAACAUAACUCGACCCUGAAUAGAGGAGAGAGGAGCACAGGAUUAGAGGGAAGGACUUGAGGAGUUAAGAGGAUGGGAAAGUCGUGAUGAAAGGAGAGAAGGAAUCAGAUUUCUCUGAACAAACUGAUUAGUGAAUUACCCGUCAGGAAUGUUUGUCUAAAGGAUGCAGUAGGUAGAAAAAAUGGGGAUUAAGAGGAGUCAGAAUGAAGAGAUUGGGAAUACUUUAUUUCAUUUGCCUAAACUGAAGUUGUCCUCUUCUGCGUGUUUUUAAAAAUCCUUGUUGUUGCACUUUUAUAGUCAAUCACCAACCUGUCCUUUAACUCAAAGAAACGUACCUGUCUUACUUUGACAGAAAAUGAACGGUACAAAGGGGGAAGUCAGCAAACAAACACAGAAAUGAGCCACUUCAAACAUGCACUGAGAGGCGGAUUAAUGCUUACUCCUCAAGCCUGUUUUUACCUCUUAUCUUUGACAAUAAAAGGCCAAAGAUCUUAAAAGCUGUGUGUAUCCAGUGCCAUAAUCCUCUGAAAGUAAUGGUUUUAACUACAGGAACAGUAAUGCUGGUAUCGAAUAUCAACUGAAAUGGGACAUCUAAGAUUUCUGAAGAAAAGUACUAAAGAUUUAUACACUUGCAUUAUCUGAAGCCAGGAGCCGUUUGUGACAAGGCUAAAAGAAAGUGAGGCAGCUAGAGUUUCUGCUUUGUUUUUUUCAUACACAAAGGAAUGUUGCUGUCUGUAAUGGAUACUAAUGGAGGCAGGGGGUUAUAUUUUAAACUUUUAUACUUUUUUCCUUGAUAUUGAGCACUACAUCACACUAACCCUGUACCCAGAAGAGUACAGUUUUGGUGCCAUAGGUAAAAUGAAUACAAAUUCUAGUGAGUGAGGCCUGUGACAAUCCCCAGCCUCCUUUAUUUGAACAACCACUCUUAGACCGUACAUUAUUUAUUAUUGAAAAGUAGUAUGUAAGUAUUGAAAAGUUUAUUAUUGAAAACUGUGAUUAAGACCUGAGUCAAGUAAACAUGAGAGGGUUAUCACUGCACUGAGAUGAUUCUGUGCUAAAAGCUUAAAAAUGUUUUCACGCUGAUAGUAUUGAGUGUGUGUAGGGAUCAAAUUGCUGCAGUGUGUGCGCGUGUGUGUGAAUAACAAUGAUAAUAAUAGUAAUAGUAAUAAAAACUCCAUUUACAUAGCACAUUUCACACAAAAAGUUGCAAUGCACAGAAACAGGACCAUUAAAACACCUGGAAGAAACUGUGGAUAAGUAUAAAUAUAGAUGCUGUGUACAUCUGAGUUUUUUUGGAUAUGAAUUUUUUUAAAUUUAUUUUUUGGUCAAAAUGUAUGUAUAGUUACUUACAGACUGAAAUAUAUGUAAAUUUACCCUUUUCAA